AUGAGUUUUUCGGUGGAUCGUGCCCGCGUGAAGCUGGCAGCGCUUGUGCCGACCCAGCAGAGUAUUCAGACCACAUCUCAGUGGAUCAUGUUUCACUACCGCGAGGCGCAGACGAUUGUGGAUCUGUGGCACAAAGAGAUCUCUUCACAGCAAAAUAAGUUGACACUAUUUUAUCUAGCGAAUGAUAUUGUCCAAUUGAGCCGCAAAGACCCGAAAAACAGCGGGUUCACCAACGGGUUCAAAGAGGUGCUUCCGAAGGUGAUACAAACGCUAAAUCCAGGCGCCGACAAGCCUAAGUUCCUAAAAGUUCUCCAGGUCUGGAAAGAUAGAAAUAUCUAUCCUGCAGACUAUGUUGAUAAUUUAAUUCGUUCGCUCGGUGGACAGCCUGGUCAGCAAGCAGAGCCAAGGAAACAUGCAGCUGAGCCAACCGCGUACCAGAAAUGUCCGGCCGAGUUGAUCGAAGUUGCUCUCCAGUACGACCAUCUGCAGCAGGUUUCUUCUGCCAAUAGUGCGCGAUUUGCAGGGCUGUCGGAGACGUACUCAGGAACCCUCAAGGCGGAGAAUCUUCCUGCUCCAGACGUUCUCAUUGGACAGCUUGAAGGACUGGUGAAGGGCAGUGGUUCGUUGAUUGACAGUAUCAGUAGCCAGAAAGAAUUGAGAGAGAAAUUGGUCACCAGUCUCGAGUCAUUGAUACAAGCCCAAAAAGACUGGAUCAACGUGGAUGCAACCAAGCUCUCAAAACUGGAAACUAUAAAGAGCUCUGCAGACUCGAGAAAACGCGAACUCGAGCAGACGUUGCAACAGGGCGACGACGACGAGGAAAUGCCAACCUACAAGGACGACGACGAGGAUAUACCAGCUUAUCAGGACGAUCAGCCAGAUCAGGCAGAUAACGACGCGACCCCAGCGUACGAGUCGGCCUCCGACUUCAUCUCCGGGUUUGCGUCGGACUCCAAACGCGACCCGCCUGACAGCUCCGACGAACCUGCUCCGAAACGCCAGGAGAUUCCUGUCAAUGUAGAUUUAAAUGCUCUGUUGAUUUUUGCCGACAUGGUCAAACAGCACAAGCUCGGAGCGGAAAUCACAAAAAUUGACUCGUUUGGAACUCAUUCGUAUCAUGUCGGACAAUCGCCAGACGAAAGAACAGUGGCCACCUGUAAGUUACACAAAGUGCCUAUCAGUCACCGUGCUAAGCAGAUCAAGCCCCAGCAUUUCCUGGAAUUCGACUACGUUCUCUGUAUGGACGACUACAACCUGCGUUCCUUGCAGCAGAAACGUCCCGAAAACAGCACAGCCAAGGUUUGUUUAUUUGGUGACUGGAAGCAGGAUGACGACUUAGAAAGAAUCGUGGACGACCCAUACUACGGUGAUAGAGACGGAUUUGAGGAAUGUUAUAGACAAUGUGUUCAUUUCAGCAAAAACGAGAACGGAGUUGGUGAUGCAGUUGUCUCUCUGGUGGACUCUCCAGUCUUGGUAAGUCCCGGUGGAACCAUCGGAGACGCUCUGCCUUUUGUUUCUGCAGUAGGUAACCCUGUGCUUACCACUGAGGCGUACUUCAACUUCGGAGUAGUUGUGCUGGAGGCUGCAGGAGUCAAGUUAGCAGGCCAUGGCUUCGGUGAGCUCUUUUGA